CAGGAAAUGAAAUUGGGGUUAGGGUUUUUUUUAUUUUCAUGGGUGCGUGCUUCUCCUCUUCUUCUUCUGCUCAACAGAAUCCCACCGCAAAGCUUAUUCUGGAAGACGGAGGACUUAAAGAAUUUCCUGAUCCAGUCACGGUGGAAGGCGUUGUAGCAGAAAAGCCAGGAUUUUUCGUCUGCGAUGCGGAUUCUAUGUCAUUUGACGAUUAUUUAUUCCCCCUGCCUGCAGAGGAGACGCUGGAGCUCGAUCAGAUCUAUUUCCUGUUUCCUGUCGAGAAGCUUAAGCACCGUGUGCCGGCGUCAGAUAUGGCUGCCUUGGCCGUGAAAGCCAGUGCUGCAUUAAAGCGGACCGGACGGAAACGAAGCCGUUGUAAAAUAAACCCUACCAGGGAAGAAAAUUUGGAUCUUUUGCAUGUUCGGAGGGUGAAUCAUAAGAUCCGAGCGGUAAAUUUUAGGGUUGAUGAAUCUGAGGCGUUGAAAUCGAGAAGCGGAAGAAGAGUGCAGAGUAUUUCAUCGAUGCGGCGAGUUCUUGCAAAUAAAUCAUUGAACAGGAAGCUUAGCACGAUCGAAGAAGGUUUUUCUGUUAAAUGACAGAUUGUGCUCUGACAGCUUGUCUAUUUUAUUUAAAUCAUGACGGUAGCGACAAGAGUAGCGUCGCCAUGUGACUUUCUGGCUAUUAUAUUUAAAGUGCCGGAAAAUAUUUCAGCGGGAUCAAUCUUGGGGGUCUGCUAAACUUGCUUAUCGGUGGCUUUCAGAGGGGAAAGAUUUGUAUAAUGCUCCAAGAUCUCGGUCAUAUGAAGGUAUUCUGCGAAUUUGAGAUGGUGUUUCCUGUAUUCGUAUAAUAUAUGUUAUUAGCAGAUCACAUGGCCAGGGGAGAGUUGUUUUGGUCAAUAUUUUUAGUUGUUAAGCUCUGUCAGAACAAUGGAGUGCAUAGAAAUGCAUUUUAAAUAGCUGUUAUUUUGUUCAGCAUCAUGCGCUGUAAUUAGCUCUUUUCAGAUCACAAGAAAGUAGGAGUUUCAGAGAAAGGUUAAAGAUGCGCAAAUUUCUUAUCAGAAAUAUUGUGCAGUUGAAGCUUCUUGGAUUGAAUGAGCACCUUUCGCUGUAUGGAGUUCUGUUUGAAUGUUUGUUUCAGUCUUCCUCAGGAAUGAACAAAUAUUAAUAGGGAAUAUUUUACUAAUUUGAUUAGGUUCAAUGGUAGUAUAUUGGGCUAG